UUUGCCCUCACGCCGACCUGUGCCCGCCAAAAGCUCAAGAUAGAGGGAGCCCUUCCAAUUCCGGCUGGGUCUCUCCACCGAUCCCCCAAAAAUCUUGCCUUUCCCAGCCGGAUAUUCCAACCCCACACCGCGGCACCGCCCGAGCGGCCGAGCCUCCCGCUCCCGCGAGCCGCGCCAAGGAAGCCGCCCACCUCCUCACCCGAAUGGCCCCGCCCGCUCCCCCAGCCGGCGCGUGCGAGCUCCUCCUCCCCGCCGCGCCCGCGCACGCGCCGGAGGAGCACCAAGCUCCUCCUCCUCCUCCUCCUCCUCACCAUGACCGGGACGUCGCCAAGAGCCGGCGUCACGGCCCCCGCACCCAGGGCGCCGGCGCGCGCAUCCUGUCCGUCGGCGUGCAGGCGGCGGUGAUGGCGGCCGCGAUCGCCAUCUUCCUCCUCUUCGCCGCGGCGUCCGCGUUGCUCCUCCUCGUCCUCGUCGUCGCCGCGCGCGCCUUCCGCCACCACCGCGGCAGCCGCUACCGCGUCCCGUCGCUCGACCCUUCUUCCCCCGCGCCGUCGCCGCUCCGCACGGGGCUCUCGCCCGCCGACCUCCUCCGCCUCCCCAGCUUCGCCUUCCCCUCCGGCUCCUCCCCGCGCGACGGCGACGGGACCCCCAACACCGUGUGCGCCGUGUGCCUCGAGGCCGCGACCGCCGGUGAGCGGUGGCGCGCCAUGCCGGCCUGCCGGCACGCGUUCCACGCCGCCUGCGUCGACCGGUGGCUCGCCAGGUCGCCCGCCUGCCCCGUCUGCCGCGCCGCCGUCGCCGCCCCGACGAGCUGAUGCCGCCGAUCCUCGCCCACGCGCGGGCGUGCAGGUUUGGUUCUCGUUCGGUGCUCGACAGAAUUUCGUGAGUCUUGCCGUGUAGCGAUUGAUCGUGUAGUGAUUGAUAGCUGUCGUACACUCUGUAUGAUGAAACCUUCUGCUGUUGCAAAGAGAGAAGACGCAGAAAUGGAAAUAAACCCAUAAAAGCUUGCCAUUUCUAAGAAUCUUUCGAUGUUAACUUCACGGUAUUGUGAAUUCCAUGCUUUGCGUUGUAGUGCAAACAUGCGAAUUCUGAUGCAUGAGGAUUUGUUUGCUGCAACUUUCAGUAUGGGGAUCAAUGAUUGAUGGGCACACUCAA